AUGGGAUUGCUGCUUGCACAGCUACUCGCAUGUUGCGGCCACCGCUCCAUGGCGUUGCCUCGAUUCGCGCUCGCGCCUGCCUGCGCAAGGACGCUCCAGACCCGCACACGUGGGCUUCGUCACCGUGGCCUGCUAAGCGAAAACGUAGUCACCAGACCCAGCAUCGACUUUCUCCUUGGUGACGCCGACCCAGAACUGGUACACGUGCGUGCACUGCCUCCCGUGAGGACGUUCGUCCCGGAGCUCAACCGUGCGAGAGAGGACAUGGCGAUUUCCGCCCAGUUCGGCGUCCACUACGCGCGCAUGGAGGUCGAGGGCCAACCUCGCACUGGCUGGCCGGUCGAUCUUCGGGCUUCAUACUGUCCCUGCAAAUACCACUUCAAAAUGGGGUACUGCUGUCACUUACUGUGUGCCCAGCAGUCCCGCAGCGUUGUGGACGAGUCUGGCGAGGAAAUCCUUGUAAACAGGAAGCGAGUUCAAAACGCUGGGCGCCCGCAAAGUAUUGGCCACGCUCUCCGGCGUCUGUAG